CAAGGCGAAACUCUUGCGAUUUUUGAAGUUGGUUGUGCUGUUGUUGAAGCAGAUCAGAAAUCCUCCGCAUUUCCUCACCACACCAAAACCUCCUUGAUUCAAUCUCCUCUCUCUCUCUCUCUCUAUUGCACACGACGACAUGAGCAUGAUGAAGAAAAAGCCUCACAGAGAUGAGCUGAUCGGCCUUCAGAUUCUACACGGCCUCGUAUUCCGCCACCACAGCCGUCGCCGCCGUUUUCCUCUCUUCUCCGCUCUCUCCGGCUGCCUCCUCCUCCUCUUCGCCGUCGUCUUGUUCCUCUCACCUCCGGUCUCCGACCAUACCGGCCACCACCGCCGCCUCAUUCUCGAUACAUCGUUCAAUAACAGAGUCGGAAUCCACAUAAAUGCUGAGAAAGAGAACGUUUUCCGCGUUCCGAGGAGUGGAGGAAUCAUAGGGCGCGAUGUGUGGACUUCAAAUCAAUCGAAUUUAUUUUGCGGGUGCAGCAAUGCGAGCAACGACUUUCGACCUGCAGCGAUGAAAACUGAACCUCGUAGAUAUCUGUUGAUCGCAACCAGCGGAGGCUUAAAUCAGCAGAGAACAGGGAUAGUAGAUGCUGUUGUUGCAGCAUACAUCUUGAACGCGACCCUCGUUGUUCCUAAGCUGGAUCAGAAGUCAUUCUGGAAGGAUGCAAGCAACUUCUCUGAGAUCUUCAAUGUUGGCUGGUUCAUCAAGUAUCUCGCCAAAGAUGUUAAAAUUGUAGCACAGCUUCCAGAAACAGCAGGGAGAAUCAUAACCACCCGUUCUCCGAGGAAGUGCAAUAAGAAAUGCUAUGAGACGCGAAUCGUCCCCAUUUAUCAAAGGAAGCGAGUAGGUGUUUGUUUCUUCACCAUGUUUACGAGUUUUAGUGUCUCAAUUUCUCAGAGACUGAAGAGUGUGGAUAAAAUGCUUUGUUUUGGGUGUCACCAGGUGCAGGCAGUUCAGCUUACAAAGUUCGAUUACAGGCUCUCAAAUCGGCUUGAUAUGGAUCUGCAGAAACUAAGAUGCCGUGUUAACUACCAUGCCUUGAGAUUCACUUCUCCCAUUCAAGAUAUGGGUAUGAAGUUGUCCCAAAGGAUGAGAGCGAAAAGCAACCAUUACGUCGCGUUGCACUUGAGAUAUGAACCUGAUAUGCUAGCCUUCUCCGGGUGCUACUAUGGGGGUGGAGUGAAAGAGACUAAAGAGCUAGCUUCAAUACGAAAGAGGUGGAAAACGCUGCAUACAAAGAAUCCCGAGAAGGAACGAAGGCAUGGGAAAUGCCCUCUAACUCCUGAGGAAGUCGGGCUGAUGCUCAGGGCGUUAGGCUUUGGCAAUGAUGUUCAUAUAUAUGUAGCAUCAGGAGAAGUAUACGGAGGUGAGGAAACACUGGCGCCUCUCAAAGCCCUCUUCCCCAACAUCCACACUAAAGAGACUCUUGCUAGCAAAGAGGAGCUUGCUGAGUUCCAGUCCUAUUCUUCACGAAUGGCUGCGUUGGAUUUCAUUGUUUGUGACGAGAGCGAUGUUUUUGUCGCCAACAACAAUGGAAACAUGGCAAAGAUUCUUGCUGGGAAGAGGAGAUACUCUGGUCACAAGCCAACAAUUAGGCCUAAUGCCAAGAAGCUCUACCGGCUGUUCAAUGAUCGACACAACAUGACAUGGAACGACUUCGCCUCACAUAUUCGGACAUCCCAAGUUGGGUUCAUGGGAGAGCCAAAUGAGGUGAAGCCAGGGCGGGGCGAGUUCCACGAACACCCUUUACCCUGCAUAUGUCAGAAACGUGGGGAUUCAGCAAGAAACGGGGUGGAUAGAAACAACGAAUCAAACGAGGAAGAUGAGGAGCAAGAUCUGUUUGAAACAGAAUAUGCAGAGGAAGAUAGAGUGGUGCCUAACAGGAGAGAUUCUGGCUUAAGAAGCAGUGAUCAGCCAGAAUUAGAUGAGAUUCUAUCAGAGUAGAUGUAGUGUAGAUAUAUAAUAUAUAGCAAUUGAUCAACAACAAAUUUUGGUCUUGAUUAGACAGUGAAAUCAAGCAUAAAUAUGUGACUAGGUAGGGCAGCAACAACUUUGUACAUAGAACAUUUUUUGAAAAAGAAUGAAGAUUUUUCUUUUCUUCUUUA